AUGGGCCAUCAGCCGCCGCAGAGGCCGCAUCGACCUGAGAUGCUGACAGAGAACCUGACAGAGAACCUGACAGAGAACCUGACAGAGAACCAGACAGAGAACCAGACAGAGAACCUGACAGAGAACCAGACAGAGAACCAGACAGAGAACCUGACAGAGAACCUGACAGAGAACCUGACAGAGAACCUGACAGACAACCAGACAGAGAACCAGACAGAGAACCAGACAGAGAACCUGACAGAGAACCUGACAGAGAACCAGACAGAGAACCAGACAGAGAACCUGACAGAGAACCUGACAGAGAACCUGACAGAGAACCUGACAGACAACCAGACAGAGAACCUACAGAGAACCUGA